AUGAAUCAAUUGCUGUUUGAGCGAUCUUGUGGCAAUAUUGGCCCUAAUGUCUUCGCCAGGCUACAGACUACGAAGUUAUUGAACUCGUUCCGCCCUGCGCCUGAGUUCCGCUUUGAUGGCGGCGAGAAGGGUAUUGCCAUACGAGAUGAUGGGAAAGGCGCAAUAGCUCCAGACCCCGAUUCUACUACGUGGGCCCAUCAGACCGGUGUAAAUGCUCUAGCCCUUGAGCGCUUCGACGGUAGAAUCCUCGUAUCGGGUGGAUUGGAUGCCUCGAUAAAGCUGUGGGACCUAGAGCAGUGUGACAAUCCAUCCAAGGCGCAUACCUACACUCCCGCCGCCAAAAUCCCACGUUCUAACCAAGCCCACAAGUUUGGAAUUACGCACCUCUCCUUCUACCCUUUCGACUCGGCCGCCUUUCUGUCAACAUCGUAUGAUCAGACCUUAAAAGUUUGGUCGACCGAAACAGCUAGCUUGUCAGCCUCAUUUAAUCUUGGCUAUAAAGCGUACACCCACGCAAUAUCCCCUAUCGCCUCACACUUAUUAGUUGCAUGUGGGACGCAGCACCCUGCUGUGCGUUUAGUGGAUCUGCGUACUGGUUCUAAUGUCCAGUCGCUAGCUGGUAAUUCAGGUGCUAUACUGGCCACGUCAUGGUCUCCGCGACACGAACAUGUCCUCGCUACGGGUAGUGUAAACGGGGUUGUCAAGAUCUGGGAUAUCCGACAAGCUGGUGGGGUUAUUGGUAUGUUAGAUCAGGAAGACAGUCUAGGCCUUUACUAUAAUGGCCUUCUAGACGCCAAUGGAAAAGUUAGAGUUCGAGCCUCGGCGAAGGCCCAUGCGGCCCCUGUGAAUGGACUGGCCUGGACAGACGACGGGGGAUACAUUAUUUCAGCAGGUCACGACCGACGCAUUCGUGUUUGGGAUGCUGCGACGGGUAGGAAUACUCUUGCAAGCUUCGGUCCUAGUAUCAGGAAUAGCCAACUUGCAGGUGUCACUAUGUUCACAUCGCCAGUCGGCCUGACCCAUCCUGGUAAAGAGCUACUCUUUUGGCCUAACGAGACGGAGAUACUCGUUUUGGACUUGCAUGAUGGCCACGUGGUCUCGAAGCUGAGAGGGACCGGUCCUGCCAUGGCUGGCGUCCGAUCCACGGGUGGCACUCAGCGGACUGUUAAGAAUCGAAUUUCUAGCAUAGUGUGGAGGGGAGCGGGGGGUGGAGGUGGCUCAAGCGGUGUUGUGAUGGGAGGCAGUAACAUGGCAGGUGCUAUCUACACAGCGCACCUCGACGGCCAAAUCAGGGCAUGGACGCCCCGUCUCGAGGGAGAUGACGAAGAAGAUGAGGAUGAUUCCUUAGAUGCUGUUAGUGAGGGUAAGGCUAAGAAGCGGAAAGCACUUGAUGACAUCUUCAAGGGUCUAGUGGGGAAGAAGAUCACCUUUACCUAA